AGCGGAAGCGGCCGGCGCCAGGCUCGGAAGCGAGAGCCGUUGUCGGCCGCCCGUUGUUGCUGCUGCCUGUCGCUGCCCGCGUGAUGGCGGCCACGGCGCUUCCCCCGCUGCCGCCGCAGUUCAAGAGCAUCCAGCACCAUCUGCGAACCGCGCAGGAGCUGGACAAGCGCGAGCCGGUGGUGGCAUACUACUGUCGUUUGUAUGCAAUGCAAACAGGGAUGAAGAUUGAUAGUAAAACCCCAGAAUGCCGUAAAUUUUUAUCCAAACUUAUGGAUCAGUUGGAAGCUAUGAAAAAGCAAUUUGGUGAUAAUGAAGCAAUUACUCAGGAAAUUGUUGGUUCUGCUCAUGUGGAGAAUUAUGCUUUGAAAAUGUUUUUGUAUGCAGACAAUGAAGACAGAGCUGGGCAAUUUCAUAAAAACAUGAUAAAGUCCUUUUAUACUGCAAGUCUGCUGAUAGAUGUUCUAACAGUAUUUGGGGAGCUCUCUGAAGAGAACGUCCAGCACAGGAAGUACGCCAGGUGGAAGGCAGCAUACAUUCAUAACUGCCUGAAGAAUGGAGAGACUCCUCAGCCGGGGCCUAUCGGAAUGGAAGGAGAGAGCUUCGAUGUUGAAAGGGAAGAAGCAGGGUCAUCUUCUCUCCACAGUGGAACAACUCAGCCAACAUCAUCAUCUACGUACGAAGCUAACAACAUACCAACUAGUAAUUACACUGGCAUACAUAUACCACCAGGUGCCCAUGCACCAGCCAACACUCCAGCUGAAGUACCUCAUAACACAGGAGUGACAAGCAACACCAUUCAGCCUGCUCCUCAGAAUAUUCCUCUAGUCGACCCUUCCCUUUACAGUGCUCAGUCUGCAGGGGAAGUCCGUUUGACUCCAGAGGACUUUGCCAGAGCUCAAAAAUACUGCAAAUAUGCUGGCAGUGCUUUGCAAUACGAAGAUGUGAGCACUGCUGUGCAGAAUCUACAGAAGGCCCUCAAGUUACUGAUUACGGGCAGAGAAUGAAGCCUUUAUGCAACAGAUUCAUGUCUUUUGCCUAAAGAACUAACAGCUUAUUACUGUACCUGUUAGAGGAGUGGAGUUAUACAGAAGUUCUCAAUCCCAUCACCCAUGACAAUGAAAUCACUGUUUCAGUGUCAGAUUAGCAGUUAAUGGUACAGUAGGAAUCUCUGUUUUCAUUUUACAAACAGCGGAGCUAGAAACAUAUGAAUGCCGUGGCUUGGUAUAAGCAAAAUACUGAAGAAAGUACAGUGAACACUGUUCAAGAGUUAGAAUUCAUCUUGCAAUAUUUAGAUUAUUGGAAUGGGAAAAUGCUGAAUCUGUAAAAAAACUUGAGCAUAAGAUUGUUCUGUUAAAAUUCUUAUUCUGGUUUUAUUAUUUCAAGCAAUUAUUUAAUAAGUAUAAUAUCUUUAAAAUGAUAACUAAGAUUAGUGCUUUCCUCCUGAAAUGAGAGCAUGUGAGAAGUCUGACAGAUCACAAUGGGAAAGACUUUUUUCUAUACAUAAAUUAUUUGGGUAUUAUCUGAGACAUAAGUCAAAGUUGAGGGAGUCUUGAGGACAUUUGUAUUUCUUUUUAAAACAUGCUGGAAAAAACAUCUCUUGAUACUUCAGAGAGAGUUAUUUCGAUGGUGUUCCAGCCCAAUGCCCCACAACUGUACGGACUGCUACAUGUAUUAAUGGUUCUUGCUCCUUUUGUGUGAACACUUACAAUUUUGUAUAUAUAUGGGUAAUUAAAAGAAAGUACUAAUAUUUAUCAGAGAUGAUCCUGAAAUCAGAGGCAGAGAUUCUAAACAACAUGAACUUUCAGGGAGAUUUACUUCCUAGCUGUUCCAUCUUUUUAAGAGGCUGAAAAAAGGCCUGUUCUUCAGCCAUUAAAGCAGUACAGGUUCAUCUGUGGUAUUAGUGUCAUAGAGCUUCGUAUUUCCAGCUAAUAUUCUUCCUGUCUGCUUUGUUGUGGAGACUUUUUGGACUUGGGAUUUAAUUAAAAUAUCUUGGAAACUGAAUUUUGAGUCUUUAUGAGGUCUGCCCUUGCAAUUAUAGAGCUCUUGAUUGUUAAAAAUCCAUCCAUGCUGUUUAAAAGAAAGAAUAAGUAGUCUUUUAACUGACGUGACAUAAUUGAGUACAACAUAAAGCAUGCCUGAUUUAUGUAAUAAUGACAUAUUAUCUGAUCUGUCUUUCCGAUCAAAGCCAUGUAUUCUUUAUAGCUGCACUAUUUUGCAGUGACUAAAAUAAAUCUGAUAUUCAAAGCAAAAAGAUGAAGAAAAGAAAAUUAACCAUAAGCAUGCAUUAAAGUUUAGUUGACUGUAUCCAUUUAAGAGUGUAGACUCUUUGACAGCAGGUUUGAAAAGGUAGUAUGAAACUUGUAAAUGUAUGCUUAAGCAUUUUAGUUGACUGAGAUUUAAAACAUCUGGUAUUGUUUGUGUUGCUUUCUGAUAUGGGAUAACAUGCUAACCUGGACAGUGAUUUGGAUUAGAUUUUAAUUGUUUUGGGAAAUUUAGAAUAAAUCAGUCUGAAACAUUUUUGACAGUAAUGCUGUACAGAGCUGGGCAAUAAGCCUAUGUUGUGCACAGUGUUUCAUGCAAGAUAGAGCCCUCCCUUCAGUAUCAACAUGAAUUACUGUAAAUUGUUCCAUGUAUAUUAUUAUGGUGUUACACUGUGAUUGGAAAAGCUGCUUUUCAUUUGAAAGAAGGAUGCAGAAUGUUAAUCCAUGUAGAAUAUAUAUAUAUACGUUGCAUUGCUAUAAAAUCAGAAGUUGCUUUCAUUUGGGCAUCAUACCACUAUUUACUAAUACCAGCUUCAAUCCCCAGCACUUGAAGGAGGAAAGUCAGUUUUCGUGUUUCUAUUUACAAAAUAAUUAAAAGAACUUUGGGGCUUUUGUAUUACAUGGAAAAAUAAGCAGGCUAUGAUAUAAUACUGCAUUAAUUUGAGGCUCUUCAAUUUUUUUUUUUUUGUGAUAGAAUGAUAUGGGAAUACAUAACUAAGAAGGUUGCCAAUGAAAAUUUAAGUAUUUCUUAAAGUGUAUAAAAGAUUGUCUCUUGGCCAUGAUUAUGUUGAACUUCUAGAUUCCUCUAGGAAACUAGGGAAUCAUCAGUGAAAAAGCGAUAAGCAAUGAAAAAGCCAUAAGCAAUUUUUUUGAGUGGUCAUUUACAAAUGUGUAAUCACCUUCUGCUUAGAAAGAAAUUAAAAUAAUUGUCUCUGAGGGGAAUGGAAAUGAAAAUGCUUUUAAGAGUUUAAGAAUUUCUUAGAGACGCUAUCAGGACAUUCUUUCUGAAAAUAAAUUAGUGUUUAGAAGAUUUAGCAUAUAAAAUUCUCAUCAAGUCUGUAAAAUUAAACAUAUCGUAAUACUGACCUUCAGACCACAAUACCUGAAUUAGCAUGUUGACUUUUAUUUUGCAUAAAAUUAUUUUGCUCAAAAUUAUUUUGCUCUGAUAAUUUAUUUUUUUAAUUUAGAAGUUUUGUAACAGCGUAUCAAACCAUGUUUGAAGCCACAUCUUUAAGCUACUAAAAUUUGAUGCAACAAACUCUGAGUAUUUAUCCUCCAAACUGAUGUCUAAAGUCAAUCAUAGCACAACAUUUCCAUUCCACUAAGUAUAGCCUCUGGGACAGCCUUAAAUGUGGCAGAUAGCCUAAAAGUACAAACCAAUGUUGCAGAACAGUUCAAAAAGUGUACAUACUUGAAAAUAUCAGAAGAAUGUAGGUAGAUAGCCUGUAAUUAUUGCAAAUUGGAAUUUGUGGUAGGCACUGGAAUUUAUGGCCCCAUUGUUAAAUAUUGCGUGAGCUUUUAAGUGUUGAAUGAUUGAUUUUACAGCCGCUCUGAAUGAUAAAGUAUCAACCCAUAGCUCCUCUUAAACCAAUUCCCAACACAUAUGAGUACAGUAUUAAAUAGAGUGCCAUUUUUGUUGCAUGCAACAGCCGACAACUCUCUCUUCUUUAGUAUGAUUGCCACCUACAUGCUUGGCCUUUCUCCUUUGGAUUGAGAGUUCCCAAUCUUCUCAAUCUUCCUUAAGAAAGGAGAAAGAAGUGUUUUCUGUCAGAUAUUCCACGUUCAGUUCUGCUACUUAAUGUAGCAAGAAUUUUAGCAAAUCUGUUCACUGUUUGUUGCUUAACAGGCUUUUGGUUUUGCAGUUCUUUAUACUUUCACCUCUGUGCACGGAAGGUUCCAUGUUAUACUUCAGGAUUCCUCCAAAAGUCUUUGAAAAGUGUCUUGCGGAGCAGGUCAUCGUUUAGGAAAUGGUGGAGAUUUUUUUGAAUGUGCACUAAUUGGAUUUACUAAUACUGGAGGUGUUCUUUUCAAAUUGUUGCAGUCAUUUCAGGUAGAAUUUUUAAUGAUGUCCUUUGUAAAUGAGGUUUCAGAAGCACAGACUUACAUAUGAUCAUACUGCAGAAUGUGAUUGCAAUUGUAGUAUUUGAUACUGAGUAAUACUUACCUACGAGAAAUAAACAACAGAGAAAUUUACUGUCUGAAGUAGGAUUGGGGGUGGGGUGGUGGUGGUGGUGUGUGUGCAGACACUUGUGUCUGUGCAUUUGUAAUAUAAUGCAUGUAAACUUAACGGUGGGCUAUAAGAAUGUCUUCCGACAACAUAAUUACAUAAUUAGUACCUUUUUACAAGUAUUGGGAAAAUGUCAGAUAGAAAUAUAUAGAUACUGCUGACAAAUGUUGUUCUUAAUGCUAAACUUGAAAUGUACUAUUAUAGUGCCAAAAGUUACCUUUUACUUGUGCAGUAUUCCAAAUGAAUGAUCUUUGAUUUUCUCCUUUUUCAUGUCAGCAGUAAAAUAGGAGUCUGGUACAAAAAGAAUGAGAACACAAAUUUAGAGGAAGUUAGAUUUACAAAAGAUCAAAGGUAGUUUCUGUUAUUGUAAAGUCUUUGUGGUAAUGUUCUGAUUGAGUUUGGAAAGUGCCCUUGCUUAUAAAGUAUAAUUCUUACUUUCUUUCAAAAUGUCCUUUGUUGUGCAGUUUAUGUAAUUAGAGUCUGAGCCUGGAUAUCUGGAUUAGGAAAACCUAAAGUUAGAUGCUAAGUUUCUAAACCACCAGUGCAUCCUGAUGCUGGCAGCAACUGUUGUUCAGUCAUCUCAGAGUACCCAUUUUUAAAUGUUGGAAUUUUAACCAAGUUUGUUGGGAAAAGGCAAUGUUUUUUUUUCUUAUUGCAUCACCACAAGAGAACUAGAGAAAACAUGAAUUUGCAUUAGAUACUUCACUAUCAGCAAGAAAAGAAUAGAGCAGAGCUCUUUUUGGCUUACUAGAGUUGUGGAACAGUCUGAUCAUAGAGAUGGUUCUGAAUGUAAUACCCUAAAUGAUCUCAGAAUGGGAACUUUGUAAAUAAGAGCAUUGAAAACAAACUUAAAGAGUGGAGACAUAUGCCAGGGGAGAAAAAGAAAUCACACUCUCAACAGAAUGGGAGGGGGCACAGUAAUGAUUGCAGAAGAAAAUGGAAGAAAUACUUACAAUCCCACAUGGGAUGGGAGCAGGGCAGUGACUGGAAUGAGGUUAGAGUUGUUGGCUGAUUUAUUUAGAACCUUGAAAGAGAUGAGAGAGAAACUUGAGCUUAAGGGAGAAGAUUACAGGAAGAUAGGAGGGGUGAGGAGGAGCAUUAGAAUGACAAAACCCCCCACUUUUUUACAGCAAACUGGGAAGAAAAUGUGAGUUAUAGUGUGGGUGAAAGUUAACCUAGUUGAGUAAAUUAUAUCGGAGACUAAGUCUAGCUCUAAAAGGGAAGAAAAAAACAUACAAGUUGACAGCGUUCUGGAAAUGGAGAGGAGCAGAUCUUCUCAUCCUUGGGACCUUUGCACUCAUAAUAUGUCAUUUUAUUAAAUAAUUAAAAUUGAUUUGAUGUGGCCCUUUUGGAAAACUUAGGAGACUGCAUAAAUAAAUAUAUGGUAUCUGCAGAGAACUACAGAGAUCCAUGUUUGUCCUUAAAAUGCUAUGUCCUGAUUUGUACUUUCCUCCCUGUUUUGAUUUGCCUCCCCUUUUUCACUGUCUGUAUUUAUUCUGUGAUGUUCCCAUAGCUAGAGGGGAGGUGAUUGUGGUUGAAUGCAAUACUUAGUAUGAGUGAUAGCCCACAUACUUAGACAUUCUCAGGCAACUUGGGAACAAGUGAUACCCCACAUACUUGGGAAGAGAACAGGUCUGGCUUUUGCCUGGUGUGUACUAUGGAGAAAAAUGUAGCAAUUGUACUUCUCUCCUGAGCUUCAGAGGCUCUUUGGCAGCAGUAUGACCACAAUAUUUAAAAGAUGGAUUUGUAGAAAUUAAUUCUACUUGGAGCCAUAUUCCCAAUCGGAGCCCAACAAAUUGAUCUCCAGGAGUUCGGAGACCUCUAGCUAAGCAGUUGGUGAAAUUGUCAACUUUUUCUUGCCUCAAUUAACCCAUCUGUAAAAUGGGCUUCUUUAGAUUUAACACUUCUUAAUAUAGUCAGGAUUUUUGUAAUCCUGACAAGUAAUGACAAGAAGGGUUCAUUACGGUGACAAGUUCCUAAAAUAGAGUUUUUAGGGGAUUUUGGGGAGAGGCAGAAAAGGCAUUAAUAUGUAAUGAGAACACGUAUAAUGAAAUGAAAGAAGUGGAACAAAAUUUGAUAGGAUAAUUUAGGGGACAAUGGACAGGAAUGAGGAGAUCUGAGAUACAGAGAAAGUGUAGUUGUAAGUCAGAGGCAGCAAUUUUAUAUAGAGUAGGAACUUCUAAUGCAAAUCUUAAAAUGUUGGAUUUAUCAGAGGACCAAGAUAACCUGCAUUCUAGAAUGUAUAAAUCCAGUAACAGGAACUUUUAAUGGAUCUCUAAGUUUAGAAUUAGUGUUUUACGGCAGAAGAAUAGCAAAUAAAGCAAUUGUAUUUAAAAAAAAAAAAAGUUGUGCACAACUUCAGACCUGUUAGUUUAACCAUAAGAUUAAGCAAAAGCUUAAGUUCAGAUUGUGAACAGAAGACUUAAAAGUUCAAACAUGGGUAUGAUACCAUAUAGUAUGUUUUCUCCUAGCCCUUUCGUUCUGCCCCCCACCCUGGGUGCUUUGCAACACUUAAGUUUUUAGAAAAUGAAUGUGAUUAAUUUAAUUUACUUAAAAUGAAGUAAUGCUUGACAUAAGGCUCUAAAAAUACUCAGAUGGAAGUAGAUUAACAUGAGAAUUGAAAGAUGAAUUAAAGCUGGUGGAAAAAGAGAUUGCGGUAAAUUCUGAAUUAUUUUCAGGAUGGAAAUGGAGAGAGAUCAGCCCAGGGACACAUCCUGUUUCGUAUAUCAGUGACUUAGGUUGAGCUCACCAUCUAAGUCACAUGUAAUUUGUGGAUGAGAUGAAGUUGGGAGGUAUUGCAAGUACUGCAGAGAACUGGGAAAAAUUCUGUGACUUUGACUGAACAAUCAGUAUGGAGUGAAACUGAAAGCACAAAAUACCAAGUCACUCACUUGGGUUCUAACAAGAGAAUAUUUUUAAUAAAAAUUAGGAUACUGGAAGCUGAAGUCAUUCUGAUCAGCCUUACUUAGUUCAGUGGGCUAAUGCGAAUUUAGGAUGCAUUGGAUGAGAUUGUUUCAGCACAGAGUGAGUAAACUGUCACUUACAAUACUAGGUUUGAUUCUGAUCAUUGAUGAAAGUUAUUUACUUGUAAGAGAUGCAAAGGUGGGCUACUGAGAUUACAAUCUUAUCUACUGAAAAUCAUUAUGGAACAGCUUUCUUAAGGCAUUGGGGACAAAGCAUUAAUUUAUUUUAAGACAUCUUGAUAAAUUUAUGAAUUGGAUUGGAUUGCAGGAUUGAAAUUCUAGAGUUAAAAUUUCAUCUUCUCAGUCACUGAGCUUUUGAGAAAGUUUUUCUGGCUUCUGCUCAACCUUGAGUAAUCGUCCAUCUGCCAAAAUACCUGGAAAUGUUACUGUAAAAAAAAGGUAUUGCAGGACCUGUAAGCUGUUGUAAAAAACAGCAAAUAUUUCUUUUUUUGCUGAAGGUAAUCAAGUGUAUCAGCGCAGUCUUGGGAAAAAUACUUUAUUCAGUGUAGAUAUUAAAUCGGUAUUUGUAAAACAAGCAUGCAGGUACUCAUGACUGCUGCAUUUCAGCUCAGCAGCACUUUGAUAAUAGAAGCUUUACACACAUGUGGCCUUUUUCCUACACUUAACUUGCCUGACUUAACUUCACCCAUGUGAAUGGUCCUGUUGAGGCAGUAAGAGUACUCAUGUUCGUAAGUGUUUGCUGUGUUCGGGUAGAAAGCUUUGCUUGUUCAGUAAAAUAUAGCUAGGACAAGUGUGGUAUGCAGCUAGUUCUCCAGUGUGGGGGUUCUAAUCUCAUAGUCUUCAUACUGACAGAGACAGAAGUCUUGACUUUUUUUCCAUUUAUGUUUUCUGUUGGCAAAUCUGAGGUUUUAUUUAUACUUUAUACAAAAUAAUAAUGAUAAAGCUUAUUUAACCUAAUUGCACUAGACUUGCAGAAAAGGACAGUACUCUUUUGAAGGCUCUGUCAGUAUAUUUUAUGGUUCAGAUAGAACUAAACACAGCUCCUAUUAGCUAAGAAAUACUUAUUCUCAGCAACACCUGCAGGAACAUGUACAAGCCCCAUGGCACAGGCCCUGCCACGUGUACUGCAGGUGGUCAUGAAAGAAGGCAACUUCUAUUCUUGUUCACUCUCAACCACCUACCUAAAUCAGAACAUUCAGCUCUCACACAGAGCAUUGUGAACACUGUUGAAACUUUCUUCCCCUUACCACAUAGCUUUAGAUGAUAUAUUUUUCCCGCAGACUCUUUGGAGUACUUAGCAGUUGUCCCUGCUGAAGCUUAAGUGAGAUACAAACAGCAUAAAAUGAAAAAGUUUCUUUCUACAGCCACUUUUCAUAGUAACUGUGUAAUAUUUGCUGGUAUUGUUCAGUCAGCUUUCUGUGAAGUAAUCUAUAAUUCUUUCUACCUGUAUAUGUCAGGUUUAGAGAUCCAUGUGUGUUCGAUCAAAUCACUAAGCUCUGUGAACCUAAGCACAUUGGAGUAUGCUAAACACCUUGCUACUGCAUUUCUGGCACCUGCAAUUUCUUCAGUUUCUGACAAUGGAAAUACCUAUCAAGAUUACUCUCUACUGAAAUUUAAGUCCUAAUUCCACAACUUCUUCCUCUGUCACAGUUCAUUUUUCAGAGAUCAUCUUGCCUCUUCUGACUGCUUUGAUCAGUCUUUCCAGUCAGUGUAGACACAAAUGCUGCCACAAAUAUCUGUGCACUGUGCAAAUCUUCAGAACAAGCCUCAGGAGAGCCUGCUUAUUUUUCCCCUUGGUUGACACAGCUCCAGUCUUAGAUUAAAAAUGAGAUAACUUUCUACAAGCAUUUGCUCUCAGUGACUAGUGUUCUGUUAGUCUCCUGUCUAGAAAUUUCUUGAUCUUCAGUCAACUUCCUUGUCUUUUCAGUCCUCAGCUAUGCAAAAUAUAAGGACUCAAGAGCUCCCGAGAGAAAACAUCUGUUUAUGCUCCCAACUUAAAAGCUUUUUCACAUUCAAGCCUUUAGAAAAGGGAAAUGCAAAUCACAGGGUGGGAACCUUGAGUUUUCCAGAUGUAAUGUUUUUAGAGACUGAAGAGGCUUUGUCUUUGUAGGGCACUCUAGAGAAGACCUUAGAGUAUCGGCCAUUUUUUCUGAAACUCUUUGUCUUUUAAGACUUUGAUUUAAAGUAGUUUCUUGAGAUUUUGGCAAGCAACUGGCAGAAGUACUUUGCAAGGAUAAUAUGUUUAAUUGGUCUACAUUUUGGUAGGUUCCUCCCUCAUGACUCCAAAGGUCUUGCUGACUGGCACUCACUGGAUGGGUAAGUUUGAAAUGCUUGAUAUUAUGCUCAAAUAUCUAGGAAUUUUGACAAAAAGUGCAAAAAGAUUGCAGAAGAGGCUUGUUUUAUCCAUGUGACCAUGCACAGUAGCCACCAUGUCUACUGCAGCCUUUAAAAAGAGUGAACAAACAAGAACUGAGUGGCUUUGUUUAUAGUAGAAGAUUGUCAACCACUUGACAAUUUGAUAACAUUUGAAGACUCACCAAAUUAUUCUUGGAUUCUGAUAUUUUAGUAGCACAAAACUAUUGUCAUACAACUCUCUGGGCCUCCCAGGAGGAUAGUGGAGCACAUGCAUUAAUGUCUGCUGUGUGUCUCUUGAUUCCUGGAAAAAAAUUAUCCUGCAAUGAAAAAUCAUCCUUUGAAGGACAACAUGUUUAGCAGCUGUAUGGUGAGGCUGUCAUUUCAAUACGGAUAGCUACUUGAUACUUUUUGUCUCUAGGGGAUCUCCAUUCACGCUGAAAAACAGAAAACCUAUUGUAUAUGCUAUGCUCUUGCCCUCAGUCUCCCAAAUCCCACCCAGACAACUUCCUGCAGACUCCAUGUAGGAACUUCCAUGGAGGUACCGGUAUGAGCUCUGAUGUUACACAUUCUAGCUGUAAAGAAAUUGUUUUGAGGUCUUUCUCAAUGAAAUCAGACCUGAUCAGGACCGUUCCAGAUUAGAGUCCUCUUUGUAGACCCAGAGGAUGGUCCUCUCCACUUUCCUGUGAGUCAGUCAAUGGAUCGAGUGCCUCAAGCAUUGAAUACAGAAGCCGAGGUACAACUUGUGGUUGUAGCUGCAGGUUUCUGAAUAUUCUCACCUACUGUGUUCGAAGCAUUUGGUGAUAGCUUCUCCUUUUAUUGAAGGGCAGGAUCCUUACUGUGACUUAAUCUUGUCUUUGUAUCUUUUUAUUUACCUGCCUUUUGACCAAGGGCUAUACUGUCUCCUGUCAAAAAAACGCUUUUUCUACUAGCUGUCCAUCUGGUCAGAAGAAUAGGAAAGAGUCAGUGUCUAGGGUACAAACGUGAUGUUUUACAACCUUUGAGGAGUAGGCUACUUCGAGGAUUCACCAUAAGUUUUUUUCUGAAGAUGAGUAUCAGAGAUUAACUUGAAGCCAUUGUCCUCAUCCUUAAGCCUAUUCACAGAAGUGAGGCUAGGUGAAUGCUGUAUUGGCUUCAUCUUUUUCUGUUCAAAGGAGAAGUUCAUUCAGGAUGUCUUCUUGUCUGUGUCUACAAAAAGAUGGCAACUUUGGUGUGGAGGUCCUCUCAGUAGGCUGUGACAAGGUGACAUGGGAAGAGAUAGAACCAUGGAUGACAGCAAGGCAGAUGCUGCUGGAAAUGUGCCGUUGUAAAGGAGUGGAUGGAGAUUGGUGAAACCAGAAAAUCACUAGCUAGCGCUGCUGCAUCUGUAGGAAAUAUAUCUUGGAGGGAAUUAGUUAGAGGUAAUUAAUCUCUUUCCUACAAGUUUUUAAAACACCUUUUCAUCACUAAAAUGACCAUAGUGGAUACUGUUGAUGAACAUGCAAUGUAAAUUAUAAAUUUAAUGCACAUGCAAAAUAUAAAAUAAUAGCAAAUU